AUGCGGGAGACUUUAUACGAGCUCAUGGCGAUAGCGCAACCGGUUCUUGAGCGUCCAGACUUGCGCAAGUACGGCGCUGUCCUCGCGCAGCAGAUGGUGAGGGUCAGCUUGCUCCUCCGGCGUGAGGGUGGGCACAGGUCCGAAAGGAAUACCCACAUUCCAGAGGCGGGAAGUCUUGCGUUAAAGCUGCUGCCAUUCGUAGACAGCCAGCAUGGCACGCUCAAGACGCGGACACUGCGAGCCCAGGCUCUGGCUUUGGCGGGCAAUCGCAGACUGGCUCUCUUGACUCUGGACAGCGUUUUAGCGGAGGCCGGCGAAAAUCUCGUAGCAGCUUUGGGCCCUACGCAGCAGGUCGACCCUUCCAACAUGCACCUCUUCGUCGAUAUAGCUGCGGCGUUACAGGCGAUCCUCGAGCUUGACCUCGUCUGGGCUACUGCAGCUAAAGGGCUGACGCCAGGGCUCGCAAGUCAAAGAGCAGAGAUGUUGCGUCUCAGCCGCAUCCUCACACCAUAUCGAGGCUUGGGAGAGAUCAGCAAUGGACCUAGCAGUCGCAGGGAGGAUGCAGCAGACCUCAGAGAAGCCAGAGCAGCAUUACAUCGUUUAUGCGACGUCCUUACACGCUACAAUCUCGCCCUACCAUGCACGUCACACGCUUUUCGUGACCUCAUGCUCGCAUUUGACGACAACGUCGCCCUGCUGAGUCAUUCAGCGCUGCGAGAAGUCGUCGAGGAUGCCCUCGCCCGUGAUUCAUAUGCUGCAUCGCGGAUACUCGUGGCUCUCGCCUCGAGCCUCGUGCGUAUGAAUCGUCUCGACCAUGCACUACUUGUAGUCAAGAUGGCGCACCAGCGUCACUUCGCUCUUCCGCCGCAAGUUGUCGAGACGCUGAUCCGCAACGCAUCUGGUGCGGGGUCGGGGCAGAUAGCAGACGCCGUCGUUGCUCUGGUCUUCCAGUCGGCAGAUCACGAGGAGGGGCACCGCAUAGCGCGUUCAACAUGGAUCGCCAUGGCGGGCUACAUUGCUCGGAAGGGCGACCAGGCCCUCCUCAAGGAGGUCUGGCGACGAAUCAUUGCCGAAUAUCCCGAUGAGGCGGGCUCUCGCCUCCUCAAAGAUCACUUCCUGGUUGUGUACGCUCGAGGCGAGGGGACGAUGGGAUUGAUGAGAAAGCAUCUCGCCGACCACUGGAUCUUGCCCGAUAGCGAGGAAACGACGGAAACGGCUCGAUUGAAGCGUCCUUUCACAGAGCACACCUACAAGACGGUCAUCCACGGCUUCUGUCAGGGAGGCAAUCUCGGGAUGGCAGAACAGUACCUCGAUUUCAUGGAUCAAGCUGGGCUCAGCGAUGCAAGCACGUACAAUACGCUCCUCCUCGCCUACGUUCAUCGUAGUGACGUUGCCAACGCGAAAAGCUUCUGGUCGCGCUAUGACUCUCGCGGAGUGACGCGCAACGCUGCCACGUACGAGAUCAUGGCCCGCCUAUUCGCGCAACGAGGCGACGUCGAGUCAGCCUUCUCACUGCUGGAUAUCCUCGAGCAGUCGGGCACUCGCCCCUCGCAAAAGAUCCUCGGCACAAUGAUCGCAGCCCUGACCCGAGCCGCAGAGUACAAGAGAGCUACGCAGCUUUUUCAGGCCAUGCUCAAGUCGGGAUCUGCAGGAGGAGGUGCUGGGCCGGACGUUGUGGCUUGGAACUCAAUGCUGAGGAUUCUAGUCACGAGGGCUGCGCCUUUCGAGAGGGUGAUGCAGCUGCUGGAGGAUAUGGAAAAAGAGGGAGUUGAGCCGGAUGACAAGACUUUUGCUCUUGCGAUGCAGAGCGCGAGUGAGGCUGGGGACUUAGCUUCUGCCGAACAUUUGUUCGCUAGGGCUGAUGGAGCUGAGGCGAAGCCGAGCGACGAGGGCACGGCAGAGCAAGAGUCGAAGAAGCAAGAGGACGAGGAAAACGACGAGACGUACGGCUUCGACGCCGCUCCGCAGCACCGAACGACGACUACGACGUCCUCUUCAUCACAGCCGGAGCAACACGACCCUCUCGUCAGCCUCAAGCAACGUCGCGCCAAUCGCUACCACUUCACAAUCCUCAUACAUGCCCUUCUUGGCGCCGGCAACGUCAGUGCGGCCAAGGAAUACUUUGACGAGAUGCAGCGCCGAGGGCUGCGUAUUGACUCCCUCUCGUGGUCAGUUCUGGCUCGCGCCUAUACCAAGUCCGACUCCGAGAGCAACCAACGUCUGGCACGCGAUAUCGUCAUGCGCAGGAUGGACGAGGCCGACCGUGCAUCCCACGACGAGUCGGACCCAGGCGUCAGGUUGAGCCCCGCUGAACCGCGAGGCAAAUCGGCAGAGAUCCUCGUCACUCCACUUCUGGUGCGAGCGGCCAAUGUGGGCGAUCUAUCGCAGGUGGAAGGCAUCAUCGGCGAGCUGGAGUCGGAUGGGAUUGAGCUGUCCAUCUCCACCAUGAAUAUCUUGCUUGACGCGUAUAGACGUACAUCGGAGAUUGGCUCGAUGCUUGCAGCAUGGGAGCGCAUCUUCAAGCGCGCGUCGGCCAACACAGGCCUCGCGUCACAAUUGCGCAUCGAGCGUCAGAAUGUGGACGGCGAUCUACGAGCAGCGAGUAAGGAGUCCAAAGGGCGCGCAAAGAUUCCCGCCAGUCGUGGUAGCUCUGCAGCAGGAAGAGCACAGCGCUAUGGCGGUCUUGGCGUGCUUUCAGACAUCGAAGUCCCUCAAGUCCAGCGCAAUGCCCUUUGCGUUUCCCUUUCCAUCGUACUCGACGCUCUCCUCUCGGCUGGUAUGCAUGAGGCCAUCGCCUCCAUCUGGUCAAGGGCGCGCGCCGCAGGCUUCGCCUUUGACCCAUCCAACUGGAACGAUCUUGCCGUCGCCUUGUGCAGGGUGAAGCGGGUGCCAGAUGCGCUGCGCGUUGUCGAGAGAGUGCUGAAUGAGGUCCGAGGCGCCCAAGGAGAGGAGAGGGAGAUGCUGUUCAGGUUGAGGGAGAAGAGGAGGGAGGCAGAGGAGAGGAGGCGAUCAGAGCAGGAGUGGAAGGCGCGCCUUCAGCAGCAAGAGGAGGGAAAGGCUGCCUCUACAUCAGCAGGAGCAACGGCAAGCGCCGAAGAAAGCUUGCUAGCCGCCGCCGCUCCGUCACAAGCUAGCCUAUUGAGCGACCAAGCCGCAGACGCCCCGCGGCCUUCUCUCAAUGCUUCGACUUCGCACGUCCUGAAGAUGGAGCAGUCUCGACCAGACGAUCAAGUCCUUUCUCCGACUUCGUCUGCACAACGUCGCAAGGACAUCGUGCGACGCGAACGUAAUGCUGCACAUCGCAGCGAAGCUGAGGCGGCUGCCGCUGAGGAGGAAGCGGAUGAGGAUGAGGAGGGUAGUGAGGACGAGUCUUCGGAGGCAUUGGAAGCCGAGGAGGCGCAGAAGGAAGACAGCACCACCGCUGAAGAGAAGAGGUCCACAGGCUGGAGGCUUCCCAUACCCUCUGCUACCCGCUCACCGCUAGAUGUCGAUCCCGACGAGCGACUGCGCAGCAUGUCUCGCGAGGCUGCAGCCCGAAGAGGCGGAGGCGUGUCCACUGCCACUUUCUUGCAGCAGCAGAGAGAGCGUCGUGAACACAUGCGUCGUCGACGAGGUGGCGACAUUAUCGAUCCUGAUGACGAGGAGCUCGGCAGGACGGCAGGAAAGGGCGGCAAGGACAAGAGAGGUGCCCAGAGGAAGAGGCAGCAUCCCAUUCUCGAGGCACUCGCCCGGCAGAGACGCUAUGAUGACAGUCAGGCGGUGUGGGUCGCUGAGUGGCGGACAUUGGAUGAGGUCAGGGAGGCCUUGCAGCGGUACGGGGAUGAGGAGAGCAAAGCGCAAGCUCACGUCGACUCUGGAGGAAAGGCCGACCUCUCGAACAAGGCUGGUCAUUCAGCAGCUGCAUCGACGUCUGGGGAUGCGGACGACCUCAUCGAGGCUCUCUUGUCACGCUUCCCUCUUGCUAGGGACGUCCUUGACCUGCAGUGGGAGAAGCAGAGGGCCGAGAUGGCUAAGCAGCGUGAGAUGGAGGCGCGGGUCAGAUUCGAUGAGGCGGCGCGCUUGACCUGA